AUGAGCAAGAUUGGACGUCGGUUGCGGAAAGACAAGCUCGUGAAACGUGGAUCGAGAGCAGUCACCGAUCUUUGCAAACUGGCGGGAACCCUUAGAGGCAAGGGAAAGUUAGACGAGCUCUACCAGAAACCAGCGGGUCAUGACCCAGAGUUUACAAAUGGCCGAGCGGCCUUCUUCGUACCAGCGAUCUACCGGGAUGAAUCAAUCCCCUUUCCCUGGCUCAGCUUGGCCCAGAUCAAGGUUCAGUUGACCGAGCGUUCUGGUCCGGCCUUACGAGAGCAUCUGGAGGGUUUCGUGAAGACCUGGGAACAACAGCAGGCUGCAAGGUUGAGGUCGGAUUUGGCGAUUGCUGAACAAAAGCGUGAUCAAUACAAGAACGAACUGGACAACCUCAGGAUCAGCGAGCAAUCGUCUGUCUCCAUCAGGCAAUACACGAGGGUUGUCGAUGAUCUUGAGGCUAAGCUUGGCCAGACCAAGCAGUCAAGAGAUGACGCCAAUUGUGAACUCGCCAAUCUGAAGAAACGAUACGAGGAGGCCACCAAGAGGCUUCGUGAGGCGGUCGAGAACAACCAGCCUGGUAGGGCUGCAGUCCCGGCUGACCAGCCCCCUCGAGCUGCGGUCCCGGUUGACUCUCGCCGAGCUGGUCAAGCUGCGGUCCCGGUUGACUCUCGCCGAGCUGCGGUCCCGGUCGACUCUUGCCGAGCUGGCCAAGCUGCGGUCCCGGUUGACAUUGCCAAGACCCUCAAAGACCGCGACACCGAGCUGGCUGCAGUCAAGAAACAACUCGACAAGACCACCGAGGAGUUUCAAUCUGUCAUCAAGGAACUGAAACACUCAAAGGAAAGUCUCGAGGCUGAAUUGCAAUCUGCUCGGGCCGAAAUAGAAGAAAAAAGGGAGCGACUGCAGGACGGCUUGAAAAUAAUAGAUGAACUUAAUGAAAAGGGUAAGAAAGUCGAUGAGCAGGACGCGGCCAUGCGCACCCACCUGGAAGCGCGGAUCAAGACGUUGACCGAUGCCAAGGUCGGGCUUGAGAGGGAUCUCCAACGUGCCAAGUCAGAGAUCAAACGGCUCACUCCCAAUGAGACCCAGCGAAAAGCCGAAGUCGACCGGUACAACAACAUGGUGAACCAAUCCGCGACCGCCGAGUCCAGGUUGAUACAGGUUGAGGAGUAUUGCGCAGAUAUCACCUCUGCCCUGAAAAAACUCGGGAUCGAUGCAUCUACCUCUGCGGCAGCGUCGCAUGGCAUGCAACUGCUCAAAGAUAGGUUAGCAGCAGCCGACCAGUAUCGCACGGACCUGGAGUCGACCCUGAAGGAACUCGACAUCGACGCGACCAGCGCAGAUGCAGCCAAGCUCGGGCUGCGGCAGAUGAAGGCCGGUCACAUCCAGACUGAGAACUCUCUCAGAGCGACCGAGGCGCAGCUGCAAAAGCUGCUUGAGAAGGAUCAGAUGACCUUGGCCGAGGCCACACAGGUUGAUCCCAAACCCGCUGCACAACCUACAUCCCCUGUUGACAACCUCGCCGCUCCCGAUUAUCAGGAUGAUCACCACACUCCCGACUCGGUGCUCUAUGCCUUGAUGGAGAUUGCCGAUCAGAUGCAGCAUGGUCCGGCAGCUUACAAGCAGGGGCUCAAACGUCUCACCAAGCUGGCGGACAUCGCACCUCUCCAUAUCAUUGACGCUAAAAAGCAGAAGGAGAUUGGGCUCGCUGGAUUGGAAGGCUAUGUCUAUGAGACAGCCCAGCGAGAGUCUUACGACGAGGACCCAGAUAUCUGCCGUUUGAUGAUCAAGAUGGGCCACGCUUUGCGCCUGAGGGACAAGAAAAUCCAGAUAGAGAAGGAUGGAGAGGACGUCGAUAGUGAUGACCAUACCGAGGCCGAAGACGAUGACGACGAGGCCAUGAACCAUCUUCGACCAUCUCCGAUCAGGCUCUUCGACGAAUCUCUUCGACCAGGCUUUCCAACAACCGGUAUGCUUGCCAAAACACUUCGUCAUUUGCUCACCGGACCGGCCGACAACAUCACCAAAUCAGGACCCGGUCUCUACUUGCUUUGUGAUACUCCUACCUGCAUCGAGGACGGUGAUGUGCUUGGGCAGGUAGCCGUCUUGUUGCUCACCGCUCGAUCGGAUGACGACAAACCUCGACCCGCCGACAUCAACAUCAAUCCUGCCCUUUCAAGCUCGACGAUACUCGCCGGUCUCUCGCCUCAACCCGCCCUCUUUUACCAAGGAUACACGUCCUCUACCUCGUCACAAUCCGCCUCUGGCAGUUAUGGUGUUGCAUCUGUCUGA